AGUAUAUAUGUGGCGAAGUGUUGAAACCUGAGAUUGGAACAGUCUUUUCUGACGUUUUUCUCUUCUCUCCUGUCGCUUGUGUGGAUGAAGUGGAACUUGAAUUUCGUAGAUUUCUAGCUGCUAGUGUAUCUUUUUUCAUUGUAUUCCAUUACAUUAAAGUAGUCACAAUUGGAGUCUCAAGAUCGCCUCUCGGAUUAAUCCGUGUUUUAUCAUCGUCAUCUUCAUCAUCAUCUAGAAAAUACUGGCUCUUCCCGAACCAUAGACUCUGUUGGUGCUCGUCUCUAAUUGUUCGUGACUGCAGUAGUAAUCCAUCUUUAUCAUCAUCUGAAGAAAGAGAGCGAGUGGCGAAAAUGAGUAGACCAGUGGUUGUUAGUGGGCCGAGUGGAUGUGGAAAAUCAACCCUGGUUAACAAACUACUCUCAAAAGAACAUUACAAAAACAAAUUCCUGUUCUCGGUGUCCCAUACGACUCGGAGUCCCCGACCAAGAGAGGAGGACGGAGUGGCCUAUCACUUUACUACAAAAGACAACUUCAGACACAUGAUAGACCAGGGACUGUUUCUCGAGUGGGCAGAGUUUGGAGGCAAUUUGUAUGGCAGCUCUAAGAAGGCGGUGACUGACAUAGCGAGUAAGGCAGGGAAUCCAGUUUGUCUCUUGGACCUGGAGAUGAAUGGAGUGAAGCAGUUGAAAGCACUCGACGAACAGAAGAAAGGUCUCAAUUGUUUCUACAUCUUCAUAAAUGUUCCUUCAAUGGAGAUCCUGGAAGCGCGUCUACGAGAAAGAAACACUGAAACUGAAAAGAGUCUGAAGAAACGUCUGGACAGAGCGAAACAAGAUGCCUCUUUCGGAACCACUCCUGGCAACUUCGACGUCGUCAUUGUUAACGACGACUUGGACGUCGCCUAUUCCAAGUUCGAAGCGGCGAUGUUAGAUGCGAACCCUCACUUGAAGCCAAAGCCUGCCAACAACAUAUUCGGAGAUAUCUGACCAGUAAUAUAGAAAAUAUAGAAGAAAUACGGUGAAGAUGAAGCAAAAAUAAAACAUUCAGAAACUUUGGUUGUCUUAUAUUUGUCUGGAACUAGAUUUCUGAGUACUCGGUGUCUGAUGCUCUUUGCUGAAACUCAGUCAUUUUGAUGCGGGGAUUCAAUCCAUUAUAGUGUCACAUGUUUAGCUGCCAUUUUCUUUCAUUUUAAAAAUCAAACAUGUAUCUGCUGUUAGCUGAUUAUUACUCGUUGGUUUUGCCAACCCGAUUCAAUGUUGUUGUAAAGUGAAAACUCGCUUGCGCUCCUUGACCUCAGUUUAGUUGUACACAAACCUUAUAAAGUUGCCCCAUUUUGUAAAAAUGUUCAUAAAUUCAAUAUUUGCAUGGCUGAGAGAAAUAAGCGUGGAAAUUUAGAGAACGAGAACCAUUUUUUUUCACGUGCAUUUAAUUUCGGAUAUGUUGUCAUUGCAAUCAGGUGAUCCUGGGUUCGAUCUUCCGAUUGCACAACUCUCAUAAGGAGGCAAAAUACUUUAUAUUUGC